UCGGCAGGUGUUGGACACCCAUAUCGUGGAAGAUCGGAUCAAGUGUUCUCUAUUGGGGAGCGCAGCCCCUUCCCCAUCUGUCGCGCCCCUUUGGCCAUAUAGGUGACUUCGGACAAACAGAGAGAUAGAUUGGGGCGGAGGCUGCGCUCCCUACAAGAACAUUAUCAUCCCCACCAGGAAAAGAAAAACACACACAAAACACAAAAGAAAACCCCAACUCCAAACCCGCCACCCCAAUUCCUUCUCCCUACUUCGCAAAUCCUAACCGUGAAUCUCAGAUUCUCGAUUUGCCGGCAUCUCAGAAUAUUCUUCGCUCAUUGCAUCGACCCAGAGCUCAGCAAGUGCUCUCCACUUCUCCAGUACAGAAAACUUCGUCGGUCAGUUGCGGACAGUCGCUUGGUGUGAUAUUUUCACUUUUGUUGGGUAUAAGUCGGAGUGUGGGAGUUGCAGAGAGCUCUCACAAUGGCUGCGAUCUACAGCCUUUUCAUCAUUAACAAAUCUGGGGGUCUGAUAUUCUAUAAGGAUUAUGGAUCCACUGGGCGGAUGGAUACGAAUGACAGCUUGCGAUUGGCGAGUUUAUGGCAUUCCAUGCAUGCGAUCUCUCAACAGUUAUCUCCGACUGCGGGUUGCUCAGGAAUUGAACUCCUCGAGGCUGACACUUUUGACCUUCAUUGCUUCCAGUCACUCACAGGAACGAAGUUUUUUGUAGUUUGUGAACCUGGAACACAGCACAUGGAUGGGCUCUUGAAAAUGAUAUACGAACUGUACACGGAUUAUGUCUUGAAAAAUCCCUUCUAUGAGAUGGAGAUGCCUAUACGGUGUGAACUCUUUGACAUUAACCUUUCACUGGCAAUCCAGAAGGAUCGUGUUGCAUUGUUGGGACGAUGAACCUCAUGAUUUAUUAUUAUUAUUAUUAUUAUUAUUUUGAGGGUGUCAUCUAGUUCAUACAGUUCGUUAAAUGUUUUGCUUUUUAUUCCAGCAUUUGCUCGGAUUGAUUAUAGUGCAAUUCCAUUUCUUUCUUA